AUGAUGUUCUCUCACUUGUUGUCACUCCUUUUCGGGGUUGUAUCCGUGGCUGCUAAAGACCAGAGACCCCCACUCAACCCGGGUGGUGUCCCAACUGAUCGACGACCGGGUCCAGGCAAUGUGGCCCUCCAGUUACUCUCCAAAUCAAGCCGGAUCGGUAGCUCCUACAAGGAGUUCGACUGCAGCGACGUCUUCGCCGGCAUGGUGCUUGAGACCGACUCCGAGAAUGUUGAUACACUGCUUCAGAUGGAUGGGGUCAUCAACGCUUGGCCAGCAAGCAUUGUGAAAACACCACGUGUCGAGAAAUCAGUAUCGCCCUUCUCGUCCAAUGCCAGGCACAACUACUCCAUGCAUCAGUGGACUGGUGUCGACAGGUUGCACGCCAAGGGGAUUCGGGGUAAAGGAGCCACCGUUGCCAUCAUUGACACCGGAAUCGACUAUACUCACGAAGCGCUUGGUGGUUGCUUUGGUCCUGGGUGCAAGAUUGUUGGCGGAUACGAUCUGGUUGGGCCCAACUGGGACACCAAAUACGACGAGAAGUUCCCGAAACGGCCAGAUGAAGAUCCCAUGGAUUUUCAUGGCCACGGAACACACGUCGCGGGUAUCAUUGCCGCCGAUAACAGUUGGCUUACUGGAGUUGCCCCGGACGCAGAGCUGCUGAUUUACAAAGAACCGUGGGAAACCGAUGAGGAAACCAUCAUGCAAGCUUUGUGUGAUGCCUACCACGCAGGAGCCGAUGUCAUCUCUACGAGUAUUGGCCAGCCGAACGGCUUCUCAGACAACCCAUGGGCGCUCCUUUCCAGUCGCCUUGUGGACAAAGGCGUCGUUAUCACCGCAUCAGCCGGGAACGAAGGAGAAACCGGUCCCUUCUUCUCCAGCAGCGGCGCAAUGGGCCAUGGGGUCCUGGCCGUCGCAGCUGCUAAUGUCUCCGCAGAUCCGCACGCCAACAUGUCUGACAAGAGCAUAUCGCCCUUGCCAGUCUAUUUCACAACGUGGGGCCCGUCAAACGAACUCCUCCUCAAGCCCGACGUUGCAGCACCCGGAUACGACGUGGUGAGUACAGUGCUAAACCAGAGCUACGAAGAGCUGAGUGGGACUUCUAUGGCCGCCCCGUACGUCGCAGGCAUCGCCGCAUUGUUCAUCGGAGAACACGGGGGCCGCGAGUUCCACGGGGCAGGCUUCGCCAAGAUGCUCCAUGACCGCAUCGCUUCCAGUGGCAGCAGUCUUCCUUGGGUAUCCAAUCGUGUCCAUCGCAAAUUCACCGCGCCUCCCUUCCAAGUUGGCACGGGAUUGGUUAAUGCUUGGAAAGUUCUCAAUUAUGACACCCAGCUCGACUAUGAACCAUUCGCACUGAUGGAUACAGAGAUGUUCGUUCCGAAAUGGAAGUUCAGAAUCAGCAACAACGGAGACAAGAUGCACAAGUAUACGUUCGAGCUCGAACCCCAGGCCGGUGCCAACAUCUUGGAUAAUUACUACGGAAUUUUGUCUCUGUAUAGCCUUGAGCCGCGACGCAUUGUACCGCCAGUAACACUUCCAGAUCCCGUCAUUAUCCGCCCGGGAGACACAAGGGAGGUCGAAGUGAUGUUUGCUCUACCCGAUGUCAACGAUGAUUACCUUCCCCUGUACGGUGGUAAGGUUUGGGUUGUGUCUAAUCAUGGAGAGCGGCUUGCAAUUCCGUAUGGAGGAGCGGCCUAUGACACCGAAAAGGCAUUCGACAAUAUGUUCAUUGCAGACCCAUCUAUCACAGAACUUGACGGUGAUUGGAGUUGGUCGUUCAACGUGAACAAAAAUGCCAAUGACUUUAUCGAAAUCGGUGCAAGGCUGUCCUACCCCUGUACCCACCUCCGUUGGGAUAUCUUCGAUGCAAGUUGGUCCGAGGCCCUUUGGCACUACCCGCCCAAGGUUGGCGAACGCGGCUAUGUGGGCUCCGCAACCACGUACCAAGACUCGGACCAGUUCUGGUUCUUCAGCCCGAGCGUGAACGACAUUGAAGACACGGUUCCGUUCCCACUCACACGCGUGGUGCGAGGGUUCCGCCUCUUCUGGUGGUUCGGCAAGCUAGCCAAUGGGACGCAGAUCGCCCCUGGCAACUACACUGUGCGUUUCGCAGCCCUCCGGCCGUAUGGAAACCCGAAGAUCUCGGAUCACUGGGACAUCAUGAACAAUGAGGUGGACAAUAUCCAGAUCCUGCCGUACAACACGACUACCAACUCUACCCUGAUGUAUCGACGAAUUCACCAUUGA